UGUAUUACUGCACUGGAAUAUUUGUACCACAUGUCGUGUGUCAUGUAUAUUUGUAAAUUAUGUGUGUAAGGGUUUAUGUACAGUGUACGUUGAACCACAAUCGCAUAGAGUGCGUUGUGUUUUAGGAUAAAUCAAGGGGAGUAAACGUUGCGGCAUCCCGUCAGCCUCACUAUCCGCAUGCAUAAUUUUAUUUUCUCCCUCCGACCUCAGACCGUGUGGCGUGUAUUAAUGCAGUGUACGAUCCGACACGCGCACGUAGAAUGACUAGCCCAGCUCAUUUGGUAUGAAUUCCUAAUGUACAUUUUCCGGACCGGUGGUUGAAACGAGACAUACAUGUACACGGGCGCGCGUAAAUCGGUACUGCAUGUGUGUACAUGUACAUGUACAGUCGCUGGCAGUCUCUCGCUCCUCCAGAUGGAUACACGGUGGAUAGGCACGAUACAGAUAGCAAAGCUUCAAUCGUAAUACAGUCUUAGCUGUAAUUUAACUGCACGCAUGCUUUGAAUGAAAGGCUUCCUCCAGAUGUGUUUCCAGCGAAGGAUGAUUAUGUGAAUAAAUAAAAACAGUCCUGACAACCUGUGGGAUUCACUUCUCCGUAAAUCUUCCAAAAAACAUCGGGUGGCGAAAGGCGCGCCGGACGCCUCAUUGCUGCCGCCUCCCAACUGGCAAACAUGUUGAAUUUCUUCCGGAGGAGGAAGAAAGCGUCCAGUGGAAAAUCUUCCACUUCUCAAUCUCCUCAAACAGUACCUCCUUCAGCUCAGGACAGCAGCAGCACCCAGGCUCAAGCUUCAACGGAUGGCCCUGCUCAAUCGAGUGAAUCAAUUCCAGCUGCUGAGCAGCAGGAGAAACCCAAGGCUUCCCCUGCUGUGCCAAGUGGUGCACCCCUGACAGAGGAGGCUGAGGAACCAGAAGAUACUGCUUCCACACCUCCAGUGGUCCAGCCCAAGGGACGCCAGCGUCGUGGUGCCUUUAGUGCCGAACCCUUGACUGAAGAGUAUGCAGCUUCCUAUGUUAAGAAGGUUAUUCCCAAAGAUUACAAGACCAUGGCAGCCUUGUCCAAGUCCAUUGCCAAGAACGUGCUGUUCUCUCAUCUGGACGAGAAUGAAAGAAGUGAUAUCUUUGAUGCCAUGUUCCCAGUCAAGCACAGCAAGGAUGAAAUCGUUAUCAAGCAAGGGGAUGAAGGUGACAACUUUUACGUCAUCGACGAUGGCGAGGUGGAUGUCUAUGUGGAUAAUGUGGGCUUGGUAACAACCAUUGGGGAAGGAGGUAGCUUCGGAGAGCUGGCCCUCAUCUAUGGUACACCAAGAGCUGCCACUGUUAAGGCUAAAACUGACUUGAAGCUGUGGGGUAUUGAUAGAGACAGCUACAGACGCAUCCUCAUGGGCAGCACCCUGCGCAAACGCAAGCUGUAUGAGUCAUUCUUGUCUAAGGUGUCCAUCCUUGAGAGCCUUGACCAGUGGGAGCGCCUGACAGUAGCAGAUUCUCUGGAGCCUGUGAACUUUGAGGAUGGGGAGAAGAUUGUAGUCCAGGGAGAGCCUGGAAAUGACUUCUAUAUCAUUGUUGAGGGCCAAGCAUCAGUUCUGCAGAGGCGUGAUGAACAGGACGAGUUCAUCGAAGUGGCCAAGCUAGGGCCCUCAGAUUAUUUUGGUGAGAUUGCUCUUGUCCUGAAUCGACCCCGCGCUGCCACUGUCAUUGCCCGCGGCUCACUCAAGUGUGUCAAGCUGGAUCGGGAACGCUUUGAGCGUGUCAUGGGACCCUGCUCUGACAUCCUGAAAAGGAACAUCACUCAGUACAACAGCUUUGUGCAGCUUGUCGUGUAGUGUCAAUGUGGUGACUUGUCUUCACCCUCACUCCCUCCCAGUCUAGCCUACAACUCCUCCGGGAGUGUGUCCUAGAUAGAUAUUGAUUUAGAGAAUCUAUCUACAGCUUGGAAAACAAACACCAUUUGUGCAGCCGGUUGUGUGUAAUUUAUGAAGCUUUUUCUCCCCUUUUUGGAAGGAAUAUUUAAUGGACUUUGUGUAUAUUAAUUUACUUCGUCUGCCAUCUGUGUUAUCUUGGUAAUGCUAGGCACUGGUGUCCUGCACAUAAGUUUCCAAGAUCAGAAUUGGAUAACAGUCAAUGUAAUUUCAGUUUCCAAUGCAUCUUGAGGUGUGCAUGUUCACAGAAGGGUUCUGUUUUUGAUGUGAAUCUUUCAGCAGUUUUUGGUCGGUUGUAGAAAACCAGGGGACAGUUUCCCAGCUGAGCAUGUGUACUUUGUUUAGCUGAAAGAGAGUGUGGACAACAAUGUCUGAUUCUUGAUUCGAGUUGACCAUUUUCCAAGUAAUAGACCUAUCCAGCUAGCCCCGCCUACUUCACAUGUGCGUAGUUAACAUCUGCGUCUUUCCAAUGCCGUACUGCAUGUGCCAGCUGCGCAUGUAUCGGUAUGUGCACACGUGUUGGACUUUUGUACACGUUCAUGUAUAUUGGACAAGAAUCACAGCUGUGAUUGGUCAAAGACCAUAGGGUGGGGCUUAAUGGCUUGGUCUUUUAAAAACGAGAUUUGGAUGCCCUAAGACACCUUGUGGAAUCUGUGCUGAGCUACACUCUUCACCCUAAAAUGUAAAUCAGUAUUGCCAACAGUGUACACUUACAUGGUAUUUUCACUAUGUGCCCAAACUCAGGUGUGUUCCUAUCUUGUGAUUUUACAGCUUUGUCCUCAUUCACUUGAAAAUUGGUCGGGUCUUGCAUCAUUUGCAUGCAAGAACUAGAUCAUACAGAGUAGAAAACAUAGUUCAUAAACAGAGUCUGUAGUCUGUAAUAGACACAUGAAUUGUAUUAUUUUGGAUUAACAUGUUUUGGCAAUUUGCAUUUAUGUGUAGGGUGCCUUUGGCAAAUCUAGCAGCAAAACUGUUUGUAUGGUACAGUACAUGUAUGUCUGUGUCUUGUUUAACAUCAUUAAGGUGUACAUGCAUGUAGUGCUUGUCGGGCUUUGUUAUUGGUAUAGCUGAAAAUGGAGGUUUUCUCUGGUCUGGCUUAGUGAUGUCUGUGUCAGUUCUCUGCGGGAUUGCUUCCCUCCACCUUACCCACCGUCUCUCAACUUACCUUCUCAUGGUUACUGUAGAGUUGAGGCCAAGGGUGUGGAAAUUUCACCAUGAUUGUUUGAAGCUGUUUUGCUGCAGGGAGAAGGAUGGAGUAAUCAAUUUAUGUAGUCUGAGAGAAUUUCCAGAUAUUAGACGUCAUCUUUUUGGUGAAUUGUUAUCCCGUGACACGAAUUGAUUUGUCCUAACAUAUGAAUUGCGCCAGGUGUCCUUACCAUGUAUUUGUUCAGAUAAUUGAGUGUGUUACAUUCAGGUAAUGAAAAGAAUAAUUUGUGAAGUGCCAGGUGGAAAGCUCUAUUCCAAUAAGCUCUGCCUCCGUAAGUGGAACAUUGCAUUGGUCACUUCAUGAUACUAUUGGUAUCAUUGCAGGAAGUGAAACAUUCAGUAUUUGCAGUUCAUUACUUUGAAUUCUUUGCUGCCCAAUAAGCCGACUUUUUCCUACGUCUCUCUCAGCUCCACAGAGAGUGAAAACAGUCGUAAUAGCCAACCUGAAGCACACCGGGCCUUAUCAAUACUUUUUACUCAUUGCCAGCUCUGCGUUCAAAGGUUAGGGUGAAGUGCUUUGCCAAAGGUUGCGGGCACCUUAGUGCGAUUCGAACCCGCAGUAACCAUUAGUUACUUAAUUUUCACCUUGGUAAGAUAGUGACACCACUGCAUCCCUAAGUACAAGAAGUAGGCAGGGAAUUGUCAGUAAAGGGGCUUAACUGCUUAAUGGGUUGUAGACUAGGGAUUGUAAACUACAACCAAGCUGCCUCAUUUUGCUUAGGCAUGUACAUUUACUGAGAGAAGCACAGUGAAUUCAGGAAAAAAUACUCAGAUUAAAAGUUUUAGUGGGAGAACAAUUGUUUUAAAGAGUGACUCUUACAGUGUGUAGUAAUUUUGUUAAAGAUCUGUGUACCCUUUGAAGAUUUUGUUUGGUGUCUGCCAGUAGAAUGAGUACAUUCUUAUUUGUUAAUAAGGGUAAAGGCACAAUUGAGUAUUUUUACUUAUGCUUUACCGCACGAAAGAAGAUUUUACUCAAUGGUUCAUGAAUUGCGUUUAAAUAUUUUAUGUCGUCAUAAAGUAAAAUGUUGCUGUCAUUUCUGUAUGUUCCACAUUCGUGUUUGAGUAUUGAUAUACCAUUCAAUGCGACACAGGAAUUAAAAAUUGACAGAUAAGUAGUAAAAAUUAAAGCUUCUUUAAACACUUUAUGACAGAGAUUGAUUUGUUGGGACAGUGCUGAUAUUUCUGUUUAAAAAACUGACUGUGUACUGCUUUGCUGCUCAUUCAUAUUGCUAACAUUGUAAUGUUUGUGAAUACUAAUCCCGGACUCUGAGUGUGGUAUGUAGCCAUCAGCUGGCUAUCGUCUGCGCAUCAGCCGCUGAGAAAUACAUUAAAUUAUCGAACAACAAAGCAAAUCCCACACAUUCUCUGUUUUAGAGUUCGGUAAUAUAUAAAAAUGUCUGAUCAAAAUUUUAUGUCAGUGUCAUUUUGUAGGAUAUCAGGCACUAACGUUUUGCCAUCACUUUGGUCGUAACUUGUGUAUACUGUGGCCUACUUAUAGGAUAAGUCCCAACUGCAAGGGGGACGAUCACAACUGUAGUGAUUCACUAUCCUGUGCCAGACACAAGGAAUUGUUACAAAAUCAAUACUGUAUAGCUCUAUGGCACCAUCAUGCAAACUGUGUGUGGGUUAAUUCCAGACUGCUGGGUGUUGAAUCCUGCACUUGAACAGGACCGUAUUCUUCCAAAAUGCACUUGAAUUAGGAACGAUACUUCAGUGAAACCUUGGAGAAGAGUUGUUAGAGAUGUGAACAGUAAGCACCCUGAACACACAGUUUAAAAAUCAAGCUUCAAGUGAACACCUGUUGUCGAUUCCACAUGGUCAGGGUUUCUUCGUAGGUUUCCUUCUUUUUUAGGAUUUACGGGAAGUGUUUGUGGCCUGUUUUAUAUAUUUUUGAAGUUGAUUCUUCUUGCUGUUUCUAGUGCUGUAAACAACAUAAGUGUGGCUGACGAGCUCCUGCCAUCCUCCUUGUCUACCACAGGACCUGGCAGUUUGAGGGGAUAUAUCGAACAUAAGAGCACAUUUGACAAGAGUACAUUUGACAACAGUACAUUGUGCGUGUCUCAAGCAUUUUGAACCGUAUUAGCUUAACGUCAGUUUUUUCUAAGUAAGCCAGUGACGAUUAGUAGAAGUGCAAAUGACAAGCCUGAUGACAGGGAGCAUCUCUUACCGUAAAAGUUAUACAUGUUUACCUUGUUACUGAAGUCAGUAUUCAUAGUUAAUUAAGAGUUGUAUAUUGUACAUUGAUUGGUGUGCACGGUAGUUCGGAAAUUGGAUUCUACUCGCUAAAGUCCACAGAGUGAAAAUUCACUCAAUUCGAGUGAAAAUUCACUCCCACCGAUUGAAACUAGGGACAAGACGAACUCGAGUGAAAUGUACUCUUUCGAUCAAGAGUGAGUAGAUCGACAUUUCACGAGAGUUUCUCCUGGAAGAGGUUCUAUUUUCAAACGACAUGUAUUUCAGUCUACAUUUAGAGUGCAUUUCAACGUCUUGUCCCCUGUCUCACUCUUUGGGGUUAAGAGAGUAUACAUGUUUUAAAAUUGUUAAAUAAAUGGAGACAAAGUAUGAAAAGCAUAUGUCAUCAGUAGUCGUAGCGGAUUAAAGUAAAGAAAAAAUAUAUAUCUGGAUACCGUGGAGAUAAUGGAAUAUUUUUCAGCUUGAGUUUGAAAUUUGAUCAAAACAUUGUCAAAUGUUAUGCUUUUUGGUUUUAAAUCGAGGUCUUUGCGUCUAACAAAAUUUUAAGAACAUAUCUUAAGGCCACCUGACAAUUCUUUCUUACCUAUUUUCCUUUUUAAGACGUUGGUUAAACUUUAAACACUUGACCACAUUUUAAAGAGAUUUCAGUGAAGAAGUGCUACUUGAUCAAUCAAGAAGAACGCUAGUAAAGAAACAAGACUUCUUUUCAUGUAAUCUUCGGAUCUUAGUGAAUUCUGCAGUCACAGCUUCUGUGAGUUACAACCUUAUUUGAUUAUCAGUUGUUUUUAUUUCCAAAUGCAAAACAUCUUGCACUGGCCAAAGUUGUACGCUUGCCCUUUUCAGUAUUGAAAGUAAUGUUAGUCUACUAAUGUGGCCCAGAGAUCACUACACGCUGAUCGGAUACCAUAAUAGACCGAUUGUGGGCAUCAAACAUCAACAAACAUGGCAUCCCCAAAAGUGUGUUUUAAUUGUUUACCACAAAGGCGAUUUUCGGUGCAGUAGUCAGCACAUCGUUAGCUUGUGUACCGUACCGCUCGUCGGCUUUAUUUUGAGUAAAUCGUGAUACUUAAGACACCGUUUACUAUGGGAUGUUUAGCGGGUGCAAUCGAACGACGGCUGUUCACACAUGUAUAAUGAAUUUCGACCAAACGAGGUCUCCGUAAACGUGUGCCUGGAUUCCUCUGAACCCCAGCUGCUUCUGGUUGUUAAGACCUGUGCGUUCUGUCGGUUUCCCACUCCGAAUAUGACAAAACGAGGAGGCCAUGUUUUAGAGUACAUGUGUAUGCAAUGAGGUGGGCAUUUUGUCGUAGUUUUGGAAGGGCAAUACGUUUGAUUGGUAGCGUGAGAUUUCAGCAAUUAGCAUAAGCAUGAGUAGAGUACAUUAAUUUGAACUAACAUAAUGUAUGGAAAAUGCCUUCUUGCGCUUUUCCCGGUCUUCAAACUUAAUGCUAGGCUUACAUAAUACACAUUCUUUGUUGUGAUUUGUUUCGUUGUUGGUUUUGGGAAACUUCAGAAUAACUGAAGACCAAGGGUGUGCCGGACAGAAAACAGUGUUUGUCCCCACUGUCAAUAAAAAUUAAGUUUAACAAUUUAAA